UGGUAUUCACAACUGAAUAUUUUUUGUUCUUUAGUAUCACACAUGGCUAAUGAAUCGAGGCCCUGCCCGUGUGACAUUGGAGACAGGUUUGACUACGGAGGCCGUGGGCAAGAAGUGCAGGUUGAGCACAUCAAGGCGUAUGUUUGCAAACCACCUGCCAGCGCAGAUAAAGCUGUGAUUGUGAUUCAUGAUAUAUUUGGGUGGCAACUCCCAAACACCAGAUACAUGGCUGAUAUGCUUGCCACUAAUGGAUACGUAGCCAUCUGCCCAGAUUUUUUUGUGGGACAAGAAGCUUGGAAACCUUCUAAUGACUGGGCGUCUUUCAAUGACUGGCUGAAAACCCGAAAUGCCGGCAAAAUAGACAAAGAAGUUGAUGUCAUCCUGAAGUAUCUAAGGGAACAAUGUGGAGCAAAGAAGAUUGGUGUCAUUGGGUUUUGCUGGGGUGGAGCAGCAGUACAACAUCUUAUGCUGAAAAAUCCUCAUUUAAAGACGGGGGUGUCCCUCUAUGGAGUGAUCAGAUUCUUUGAAGACAGAUCUAAUUUGCUUCAUCCCACCUUCUUCAUUUUUGCUGAAAAGGAUGACCACAUCCCAUUGGAGCAGGUCACCCUACUGGAGCAGAAGCUUAAACAAAACUGUAAAGUUGAUUAUGAAAUUAAAAUUUACCCUGGACAGACGCAUGGCUUUGUACAUCGCAAAAGAGACGAUAUCAAUCCUCAAGAUAAACCUUAUAUUGAGGAAGGAAGAAGGGAUAUGAUCAACUGGCUGAAUAAAUAUCUUUAGCAUAGAUAAAUGCCCAUAAAUAAAUCAGUCAUUGUAGGAAAUCAGAAAAUAAUUCAGACUAUAUUGAUUAAAAUGUUUUUAAAACCAUCAAAAUUUUUU